AUGGGCUCCCCGCCGCUCUCCCCUCCGGAGCGCGGCCGCCGCGGCCCGGCCCCGCUGUCCGGGGCCGCCGCGCUGACGCUGCUCGUGCUGCUGGCGGCGGCGCCGGCCGGGCUGCGCGCCGCGCCGGAGGAAGAGCCCGGCAGGAACAAGGUGCCGGCGGCCGCGCCGCAGGGAGCGGGGCAGGGAGCCGAGUCGCGGGCCGAGAAGGGGCCCUCACCAGUUGCUCCAGUUCAUCUUGUCAAUGAAGAGUCAGCUGACAAGACUAAUUUGGGCUUUAUUCAUGCAUUUGUGGCUGCUAUAUCAGUCAUCAUUGUAUCAGAACUUGGAGAUAAGACCUUCUUCAUUGCAGCCAUCAUGGCAAUGCGAUACAACCGUUUGACUGUACUGGCUGGUGCUAUGCUUGCCUUAGGACUGAUGACGUGCUUAUCAGUUUUGUUUGGCUAUGCCACAACAGUUAUUCCUCGUGUGUAUACAUAUUAUGUGUCGACUGCACUGUUUGCCAUUUUUGGCAUUAGAAUGCUUCGAGAAGGCUUGAAAAUGAGUCCAGAUGAGGGCCAGGAAGAGCUGGAGGAAGUUCAGGCAGAAAUUAAGAAAAAAGAUGAGGAACUUCAGAGAACUAAACUGUUAAAUGGGCCUGGGGAUGUGGAAAUGGGAUCAACUGCCACUAUACCUCAGAAGAAAUGGCUCCAUUUUAUUUCUCCCAUCUUUGUACAAGCAUUUACUUUAACAUUUUUAGCAGAGUGGGGUGAUCGUUCCCAGUUAACAACCAUCGUCUUGGCAGCCAGAGAGGAUCCUUAUGGUGUGGCAGUAGGAGGAACAGUGGGACAUUGUCUAUGCACUGGUUUAGCAGUUAUUGGAGGGAGAAUGAUAGCACAAAAAAUUUCUGUUAGGACUGUGACAAUCAUAGGAGGCAUUGUCUUCUUAGCUUUUGCAUUUUCUGCACUAUUUAUAAGUCCAGACUCUGGUUUUUAAAUAUUUUUCAUCACUGCGAAAGGACAAGGAUUGGAAGCAUCUAGCAGCUAUCCUUGUGUGGUUUUGUAUAUAAAUGUACAGAAUUAGAGUUAAACAAGCACCGAAGAUGAGACACUGAACUUUUUAUAGCAAAUGAUUGGUGGGAUCGACACGUUUAUGGACAGCUUCUGCGGUGGAGAUCUGUUUGCUGUCUGGUUUGUAUGUUCUGUGGCACCUGCUACUGUGGUAGGAUUUGCGUGGUUUUCUUGUUUGCUGAACCUGGCUCAGCUGAGUUUUGAGAAUCUACGUCCAUAAAUGUUGGAGCUUUUUUUUUUUUUUCCCCCCUACUGUUACACAUGGCCCCCUUUCCUGUUGCUUCAAGAGCUAACUCUUAAGCCUUCUCUGAAGCAGACCAGAGUGUUUUGUUUCAUAAUGUUGAACAAAAUAUUAAAGAGAUAACAGUUGACUCCCACUUCCAAAGACUUUGGUUCCAGGAUGUGCCUGAGGCUGGAUAAUGUAAGCAACAAAAAGCUGGGGAGCCAUUCAUAUAUCAUUUAGUUGCUGAGCCACCAACAGAGAAUAUUAUAAAUUUCAUUUAAAGGGCAAACUUCUUAAUCAGGGAUUUUUAUCAGGAAAUUGUGUGCUGAUUAACAGCCUACUGUGUUCAAUGUGCAAUCUGGAGCUAGUAGUAUUUGACUUUUUUUUUCCUUUUUUAUUUUCUUUUUUGACUUUCUAAACUUUAUAAAGUACGUGGAAAGUAAUAAAGUGGUCCAACUUAACGGUGUUUUAUUCCCAGGACUGAACAAUAAUGGAAUCCUUAGAUUUAGAUAUGUUCAUAUUUUUCUUUUUAGGAAUAGAAAUGUAAUCUGGAAGAGUAUUAAUAAAACAUAGUGUCUCAAUUUGAGUCAUUUUCAGUAUUGUUUUUUGGCAGUUCCAUAAUUCCUGCCACAGAGGUUAAAGUGAUGAUUUAUUUAAACUUUACUAAAUUUAUUUUGGAUACUGUUAUAAAUACCAGUUAUAAAAACUUUGAAAAUGUUGACAGCUUAAAAUAUGGGCUACUGAAACACGUGGUUCUCUCUGCUGUUUGGUAACUAGUAGAUUCUGAGCUAAUAGCUUAAAUAAGAUGUUUAGAGCUAUUCAGUAGCAGUUCUGUAAAGCAGAAGAUAGAGUUUCUGAUAGCAUCCAUCUACCUACUACUUGAGCCUGAAACUAAAGUAAUAUCAAGUGCUACAAAUUUGAUUGUCCAAAUUGUUGCUUGAGAACAGAGGGUAGGAGGUCUCCUCUUGGAUUUUGCUGCCAAGAGAAACCACUUAAUGCUGAGGUUCUCAAACACCAAAGAUUGCAGCCGCUGGAUUCCUUUUAUGCAGAGUGGUAUGAAAACAGAUUACAGCUCCAGGCCUAGAUGUUCAUGUCCUGACCUGCAGGAAGGGCGCUGCUGGCAGUACUGUUGUUAAUUGCUGAGUUAUGCACUGAUUUGUUCAGUUUUGAAGCAAGCAUUGUAACCAAUUGCUGCAGCCUCUUUCCACACCCUGUAAAUGCCCUCUCUGUAGUGUGUUUAAUCUUGUACCCUCAGGGGUGCAUUACCUGGGUCACACUAAAAAAGAAAGAACAGGGAUCCCAAAGCAGGGAAGAGCCUAAACUUUAACUGCUCACUGAGAAACUGGUUUUUGUGCGGUGCUACUGCACAGCGUGUUCUCACACGUGUGCUAGGUAAUGCUGGGUAAUCACAGUGCUGCAGGCUGCCUGCCCUUCAUCCUGAUGAAAAUUCUUGAUCAAAAGCCAAACUGAUUGGCUGUGUCCUAAGGUAGAAACUUUCUGAACUUCCUGUGCACUGCUUGAAACUGUUCUGGUAUUAAAACAAUUGUGAUCAACAGAAAAAAUGAAGGUAUGUACUAUUUUUUUUUUAUUUUUAUUUUUUUAAGAGGUAAAUAUGAAGCUGCAGAACAAAUCCAUGCAACUUUCACAUUUACAUUCUGCUGUUACAAACUCAUAUGUGAUGCAAACUACUGCUUUUGACCACUGCCUGGUUAAAAAUAGGCAAUGCAUAGGCAGAUAUUCAUUGAGUUAGAAUAAUGCUCCUACUGUUUUUGAUUGUUUAAAGCCAAUGUUAACUUAUGCUUGGAAAUCUAUUAUAAAAUGAGAUAGGUUCUCAGAUUUUAGCAAGAGUUUUAAAAGGCACUAUAGCAGAUACUACUAACUGUAGAGAUUUAAUGUUGUGAGUUGCCUGUUGGAAUUUUUCACAGUCCCAAGGCUGUUGUAGUCCAGUCAUUGUAUAACAGAAGCCUGCUGAAGGUGAUUGGAGAUUCCCAAUGUAUUUUUAGCAGCACUGUAUGCUGCCCUGCCUCUAGCAGAAACAGUGUCCUCCCAUACAGCCUUUUAGUGCCCAGCCUCUAGCUGUCUGCUUUGUUGGCUCAGACAACUGCACAUUGGCUGGUUCAGUGGCUCUGAUUUUAGCAGCUUUCCUUACUGCAUUCUCAUACUACUGAUGCAUUGCCUUCAAAGAGGUAUGGCACUGUUCAGCUUGAAAUCCCUGUAGAGCUGGGAUACAGGUUACUGCCAUAAGAUUUGUAUAUAGAUGGACAGAUAUCGCACCUAAGGUGGCCUACCCUUAGGGCAGUCUGCAUCCUAAGCUAAUGUUUGCAGUGCUGGGAGAGUGAGCAGUAAUUCCUUCUGCUUCCCCAUUGUUCUUUCCCCAUCCUCCCCUCUGUCCUCGAAUUUGGAAGAAGUUACUGAUUUCUAAUUAGAAAAAUAAACUGUCACUGCCUCUCUAUUUCUCCCUAAGCCAAGAGAUGAAGCGAGAACUGUGUGGUGUGUGCUGUCUGAAUGAGUGGUUCAUUCAUUGCACCUUUGUCCAAUUUCCUCCAUUGUACUCAGUGAGUUGUAAUGUGUUCAGCAGUGGAGUUGAGCAUAGGAGAAUGGAAAAUGAUGAUGUCUUUUCAACAGCUAACUCGCUGUUGCCCUUUGGAGACACAGAUGUAGGAAGUUGUUCGCCAACUUGCAGGAGUGUUCAGGCUGCAAGUUACAGCACUGAGAAGAGCAGAGGGGUGGGUAACCAGAUGGGACUGACCUGAGAUGUAAUGUUGAAAGAGAUGCACAAGCUGUGAAACUGUGGCUAAGCACUUGAGGAGUGUUGGGGAAAAAGCAGGGUAAUGAAUCACCUGACAGUACUAUGACAGCAUCCAAGUUGGCUUUCUCUCAGUUGCAUGGAAGCAGUCAGUAACUAAUGGUCAGUUCUAAAGUUGUCCAGAAUGAUUUGCUUUUGCCUUGUAAACAAGAAUACUGGUUAGCAGGAAAUAAAUAAAAGCAUGAAGAAUAGCCAGAAGAGCCAGGUAUGGGUGUGAUUUAAUGCUUUUGGCCAUGUCAGCUUGCUCACAAGGAUGAAAUACAAUGCUUGUCUAGUUCAGUCCUGCAGCAACUCUCAGGUGGGGAGAAGGAGCCAUUUUCAGGAUUGGGAAUUACAAAAUCUCAUAAACCUUGGCUACAAGAUGGCAGAGCGGGCUUGAUGCUGUGCUGCUGGGACAUGCCUGCCUGGGCUUACACAUGCUUAUGUCCUGGGGUGUAACUGCUCAGAAGAAAAUGGUAUUUUGGGGGAAGGAGCUGCUUGUUGCAUUAGCUAGUCAAGGUCCUGCUUUCCAGAAAGGACAUAUAUACAAUUUAAAUAGUACUCUUCCUUUUAAAUACUUUGAGUGCCUUGCAGGGUAGAAUGAGAAACAGACUAAACUAGCUGGAACUUUUGAUGGUUAUCUGCUAUUUUGUUUCCUUUUGUGGCUGGAGGAUGUUAAAUGUGAUGAGUGGAUACUUAGGCAGCGAAGAUCAGGCUCUGCAAAUCACCGUACCAGCAAUAUGAACAUAAGCAAUGAUCCAGUACAGACUUUCCAACCCUAGUGAAGUGGGAUGCAUUAUCAGUUCCAGCAGACUUCCCUGCUGGUUCCAGGGGAAUUUCCACAUCAGCUUCUAAAGCAAGAAUUUGCAUCUCGGGCUGUGAACGCAGUGGAAACUUAAAAGUGCAAGCCACCUACAACUACUCAUUUCCAGGCUUGAAUACUGGAAACAGAAUUAGAUGGUAUGGGCAGUUCUACAGGGAUGGGAGAAAAACCUCUCGCCAGUCGAAGUUGCUUGAAAUGAGGAAACUGGUGCUCGUUAUUUUCAAGGUACCUAACUGAUUCACAGCCCUCAUUACACUGCAUGUGGCAAAGUGCACUAAGCAAAGAUUAAGGUAAACUUGUAAUCUUCACUACAGAGCUUUUCAGAAGAAACCCAGUGAGCCAAAGUACAGGUCUGGCUCAAAAACCAGCCUGUGCUCAGCGCAGUGCAGGAAGGCCUGGGUCUCAUGAGCUGCUGCUUGGAGGUGCCACAGGCAGAUGCUACUUGUGGAAAUCUGCAGGUUAAUAAGUAAGUGGCUGUAUUCAGAGCUCUCUAAAAGGCCACCUGCUGCUGUACAGCUUUCCUUUGCAUCAAACAAACUGGGCUCUUGAAUGAAGAGGACUGUGCAGUUUCAUCCACAUUUACCCAGUGUUAUCCUGAGGUAUUUCCAUGAUACUGGACGCUGACGUGGCAUUUUCUUGCAGCUCACCUUGCUGUGUCCCAGAAGCCAGCGCUCAUGGCAGGUUGCCACUACAACCUUGGGCUGACAUUAUUGCUAAGGUGCAAAGCAAUGGCUGCGCCCAUCUGUGUGAUGUGCUACAGAGGUAUAUCCUCAAGCUGAUCUGAUUUACACAUACGUCCUAUGUGAAAACAGAGUUGCCAAUGGGGUUUGAAAAAGACUGUGUGCUACUGUGACUGCUUAAGAUUGGAGUUCUUGGUUGUUACCCACUGCCCUCUGACUGCUGAGGUCUGGAAUUUGUAUCGCUGACACUGAGCCCGGGGUGCUGAGGUAGCUAACCUUUGGAUUGCUAAUCUUCCCAGUUACCUAACAUUCUCCUGUAAGCAGAGCUCUUGUUUCUCAAUUUGCACAACAGUGAAGUGUCAUUGAACAGCAUUGCUUCAGGCGCUGCUGUAGUUAUUUAUAGUUAUAGCUCUUCUUGAUAAGUUUGUGGAAAAAUAUAUUGAUAUUUCUAAAGUUCAGAUCUAAGAAAAGUGCUAAUUGUACUGCGUGCUAUCAGCCUUACUAUUGGUGGGUGUUGGCAGUUUUUAACGGGUGCUUCUGCAGCUUGUUUUGUUUCCUGUGGUAUGUGGAGUUGCUCAGGGACUGCAGGUGGGACACAACUUGCACAAGGAUGAUGCUUUAAUUCCCGAAGGCAAAAGAUUAGUAGCUUAGAUUAGAGCGUCUGCUGGGAUGAUGAUACAAAGAGAGAAUAGCAGACUGCGAAGAAUAUUUAUCACUUCCUCCAGGUAUUCAGCUUCAACUGUGGGAUUUCCUUCUCUCUCACCUUCCCUUAAACAUUUGGCUAACUUCACAUUAUUAAAUUAUUGCCCUUGGCAUUCCCGCUUUGCUCAGUGAGAGGAUUAGAGCAGCCUGUAAGAGGGGCAGUGCAACCACACAAGCUGAAGGUCUCCGGCCAUCAGCAUGGGCCAGCAGUUUAUGAAGAGAUACAGAGAGCAGACAAAAAAGGAGUACAGUAUGCAUUUUUACUGAAGUCUCACAAGUCAUUUCUCUGGGGAGGGAGAGAAGGUAAAAUUGACAUCAAGCAACUUUUCACACGUCAGUUAUUGGGGGGCAGAGAGUGCCUUUGUUACAUCUGUGGAAGGGGUAUGAGAGCACUUCACUGUGAAACUCUUACCGAAGUGCCAUUAAGGAACUCAGAAAAAAAAAUAAAAUUCUAGAACCUUAGAAGCUACAAAAAGCAAAAUUUUAAACGUUACAUUUAUUCAAUUAAAAAAAAAAAAUAAAUUGACAGUUAGUAAUGGUCACACGAACACCAGGGAACUGUAUCUACAUUUCCUGACAUCAAUAUGAGCGGCAUUAGGGGUUGUUGGUGAACAAAUACAAAGCUAAUGCCAGUUCAAAAAAUACAAAACAAAACUGGAACCCGAGACACUGUGAAAUCAACACUGCUUAAAAACUCAACAUUCAAUCUGAUGUAUUUUAAAAUAAAUAGUUUUUACCUUCCUUCUUAGAAAACACAACUCACCAACUGCUUUCAAAGCAGUAACACCUUUAAGACCAUUCCCGAAAGUGUUUCAUAAAUAAUUUACUCAUUGAUUGUCUGUUAAUGCAGCAUCUCUCAGUCAUAGCUAGGGUCUCUGUAUAGGCCACACAGUAUUUUGUUCAGACACAGUGUUUUGUUUUGUGGUUUUUUUUUUCCCUCCUUUUUAUUUAGGUACAAUUUCUUUGAAUAGAGCAUAUCAUGCUGGCACAAUUCAUGCAGAUGACACAGCAUGAAGUAUAACAGAGCUUAAAUCACCUGGCUAAAAAAAAAAAAAA